GCUGCGACAAUCGUCUCGGGACAACGAUGGACCGACACAUCUGGCAAGUACAUCCAAGCGCACGGCGGCGGGGUGCUCAAAGUUCAGGACACCUACUACUGGGUGGGCGAGGAUAAAUCCGACGACUCUGGCACAUUUCAAGGAUUCCACAUGUACUCGUCCUUGGAUCUCGCUGCUUGGAAGGACGAAGGGCUCGUUUUGCCUCCGAGCAACAAGACGACAUCGGUCGGCGAAAGGCCCAAGAUUCUUUACAAUGCUUCGACCAAAAAGUAUGUCCUAUGGUUUCAUGCCGAGGACUCUGGCUAUGCCUUGGCGCAAGUCGGUGUCGCGGUAUCCAAUCAGGUCACGGGCCCAUACGAGUUUCAGGGGGCAUUUCGUCCGCUUGGUCAAGAGAGCAGAGACAUGAGCGUCUAUGUGGAUCCCAAGGAUCAAGCGGCUUAUCUGAUCUUUGCGACGAACGACAACAAGGAUCUCGCGAUUGCUAGUCUGAGCGCGGACUAUCUCAAGCCCGACAAACUCGAGUACACGAUUGCCAAUCAGCGUUACGAAGGUUCCGGCAUGUUUUCGAAGGACAACAAGUACUGGCUCAUCCUCUCUCACCAAUCGAGCUGGGAACCAAACGACAACAUGGCAUUGGUUGCUGACUCGCCCAAAGGACCGUUCGACUCCCCCACUGGCAUCGCACCUGCGAAUCUGAAGACGUACAAUUCUCAAAACCAUUUCGAUCUCGUCAUUCGAGGUUCUGAGCAGACCUGCAACAUCUACAUGGGCGACAGAUGGAGGUCAGACAAGCUCGGUCAGAGCACAGAGGUAUGGCAGCCCUUCGAGUGGAACAGUAGUGGUCGUCCCUAUAUUGAGCCCUUCGAAGAUGCUUGGGAUUUGGAUGCCAAGACUGGCACUAUUACGCGCUUUGCUCGGUCUACCUUCAACGUUGCUCAGAACGCCAAAGUCUCCGGCAACACAAAGAUUGAGGAUUGCGCAAAAUGUCCAGGCGGUAAGAUUGCAAAUGGUGUUGGUGGCUCGGCGAAUGCGACAGUCACUUUCUCGGGUGUCAGAAGCCCGAACGGCGCAGCCGGCAAAGUUUGGGCAGGCAUCUACUACAAUCAUGCGGACAAGUAUCCCAAGUACCGAAACGCUUUCGUCAGAGUAACGGGCACAUCAACCCAGGAUGUUGAGGUCAAUUUUGCCCCUGGCGGCAGCGUUGACAGUGGCUUGCAGAGCUCACCUGUGAUGCUCGAUCUCAAAGCUGGCGACAACGAUGUCACGAUCUCCAAUGCUCAGGGAUCGGGACCUAAUGUUGGCUACCUUGUAGUGUAU